CAUGAGCCAGCCAAAAAGGUAAGAAUUCCCAGAUUUCUACUUCUAGAGUUUGGUGGCAGCAGAGUGGCAGUUGAAGACCAACUAAGGAUAUGUGGCCACAAGAGGGACGCUGAUGUCUCUGAGCUGUUCCUUUCCCAACAGGAACUGACAGAUGUCAUUGAUCUUUCUAGGUUUAAAAAUUUAAAAUACUUAUGGCUACAUCAUAACAAGCUACAUGGAAUAACAUUUCUAACUAGAAACUACUGUCUGACAGAACUCUAUUUAAACAACAAUGCAAUAAUUGAAAUAGAAGGCCUGCGUUUCUUGCCCUCAUUGCAUAUCCUGCUGCUGCACCGGAAUGAGUUAACGAACAUCGAUGCAACCGUGAAGGAGUUGAAGGGGAUGCUGAAUCUGAAGACCCUGAGUCUCUACCAAAACCCCUUUUGCCAAUAUAACCUCUAUCGUUUGUAUAUCAUCUACCAUCUUCCGGGAGUGGAGUUGCUUGACCGAAACCAAGUUACAGAAAAAGAAAGAAGAUCAAUGAUUACCAUUUUUAACCAUAAAAAGGCUCAUAUUGUUCAAUCAAUAGCAUUCAGAGGAAAAAUAGAUGCCUCAUGGGAUCCUAAAUCACCAUUUAAGCAAAAACCAGCCCAGAGAGUACCUUCAGAUUUUGCAUUUGCGAAUAAUGUAGACAAAACUGUGUUUGACGACCCAGAAGAUGCUGUAUUUGUAAGGUCCAUGAAGAGGUCAAUGAUGGCUUUUACCUCUCUGAACUGGGACACAGUUCCAACACGAGAGGAAAGAUACCUUGAGAAGAAAGGCACAGAACCUGCUCAAAUGCUCACAAUUACGCUGAGAUAACCCCUGGUAUUUCUAGGAGUCCUAGUGGUUUUCAGUUGUAUAUUAAACUUCCCUGUGGUUUAGCAUAUUGUUUAUUUG